GCACUUUAUCCGUAAUUAUUAUUACUGAUUAUUGUUAGUACGCACCCUAUACCACUUUACCUCUACAUCUCUUCAUACUCCACAUAUUUAUACACUUAUUUACCUUAAUCACUAGUUCAGCUGACUGAUUUGUUUUGGCGCCUCUGCUCCUGUAUUUUUUAUUUUUGAAAACCUUCGUGUUACAAGAAACUAGUUUGCCUCUUUGUAACGUGAUGGCUGCUGGUUCUAGCAUUUUCACUGCUCUGAGACAAACACAUUCAUUUAUACUCGAGGGUAACAUGACUCAAUCGUUCACGAUGGUAGUGCAUUCAAUCCUUUUCUUCCUUUAAAAGCUGAGUUCCAAAAUCUCGUUCUACUUUUUUUACCAUUCUGUACCUAACUUUCUUUGCUAGUAUUAUUACUGCUCCUGCUUUUAUUACUCAGGUAUUUUCGAAGUAAUUUUGUCGCCGUACUGUAAUAUGGCGAAUGAAACAUGCCAGAUUUUAUGUUGGGCAUGAUGAGUGAUCAUGAUGAUUCGAGACAUCAACCUUCAAAUUAUUGUCGAAUUCGUUGCGGUUAGUGCAACCAAGUGGUUAGAACACAUCAGGGGAUACCAAAGGUCAGGAAACCGUACCUUAACACCGAGUAGCGAUCUCACAGAAAUCAGUUGAUUUACAUUAACUUGUCACAACGAUAUUGGAUAUUCUAUGACGAAGGUGCCUUUAAAGCCAACCUUGAAUUAACAAUACCGAAGUGAAUUUUCGAACAAUUUGACGGCAGAACUCAUUUAUUUUUGACAGUUUUAUGCAGACCCAGUUGGAUCAUGCAAAAUUUUAUGCACUCUUAAAGAAUAAGAAUACUCUUAAAUACAUACAACGACGAGCUACGAAAUCGUUCGAAGGACUUCGGUUCAGGGUUUACGAGAAAUGCUUUAAAACAAUCUCAGAAUAUAAGCAACUCAAAAACAGUAUUUAAUGACUAUCACAUCAUGAUAAUUACGUAGUUUAGUUUAAUAUUUUCCAACUCGUUCUACCUUUGUGGGUCCACAAAGUUUCUUCUAAUUUAUCAUUUAUAAUACAUCUAGAGCAUCAUCUUAACCAACUUGAUACAUUUACAGUCUUUUUAUUAUAUAGUACUACGUUUCAGAAACUGUGUCUAUUUGUACUGCAACAUUUUAUGUCUUUGUAAAAAGUAUUUCUAUUCUAAAAUCCAGAUAUGUUAGCCGCAUCAGAUCCUAGGAGACCCAAUAAACUUCGAAGAUUCGUUCCAUUGUCACAGGAUGCCCCUCCACUAGACCAAACUAUAGACUAUCUUAAUUUUUUCGGAAUAGUCUUAAGCAUGUGUGGACUGUUGUUUGAAAUGAAGUUUGCUGCUUGGUUAGCCGUCGUUUGUGCUUUCAUAACGUAUGCCAACUCAAGAACUGGGGAAGAUACAAAACAGCUGAUCAGUGGCUUCAUGUUGUCCAUCAGCGCACUUAUAAUAUUCAAUAAGCGUGUUAUAUAUGUUGGGGGACUAUCAGAGCAAGUUGAUGUACCUCUUGUUCGUGCGGCGUUUAUCCCUUUUGGAGACAUAGUUAGUAUUAAUAUGCCCAUGGACUAUCAAACUGAAAAACACAGAGGUUUCGCUUUUGUUGAAUUCGAAGAAGUUGAAGAUGCUAUGAGUGCCAUUGAUAAUAUGAAUGAAAGUGAAAUAUUCGGGCGUACCAUCCGUGUUAAUGUGGCAAGACCAGUACGCAUACGGGAGGGUUGGAGUCGACCUGUCUGGUCGGACGAGAAUUGGUUAAAGAAAUAUGGCAGUGCUCCAUUAGAAGGACGAAAACUGGAUGAACCUGAUAUCGUCAACCCAUCAGAUUCUGCAGAAAAUGUUGAAGACAUGAGUGACGAAGAAAUGCGAACCAAAAAACAAAAACGAAAUCUUCCUCGGGUAUUCUUCGAUAUUCGAAUUGGAAAUGGAGAUGCUGGUCGUAUAGUGAUGGAGCUCCGGUCAGAUAUUGUCCCGAGAACUGCUGAAAACUUCCGUGCCUUGUGUACAGGAGAACGUGGAUUCGGUUAUCACAAUUGUUGUUUCCAUCGAGUUAUACCACAAUUCAUGUGUCAAGGAGGCGAUUUUGUAAAAGGGGAUGGGACCGGUGGCAAAUCAAUAUAUGGACGUAAAUUCGAUGAUGAAAACUUCCAACUCCGACAUGAAGGGUUCGGUGUUCUUUCCAUGGCGAAUUCUGGACCAAAUACAAAUGGAUCUCAGUUCUUUAUUUGCACAACAAAAUGCGAUUGGCUUGAUGGCAAACAUGUUGUUUUUGGUCGAGUAGUGGAUGGACAAAAUGUCGUAAAAAAGAUGGAGUCCGUUGGGUCGAAAUCUGGUAAGGUCAAAGAACCCGUUAUUAUUUCUCGGUGUGGAGAAUUAAUUUAA